AGCAGGCGCCGGGCGACGUGCCGUCGAUGGCGGCCAUCGCGUCGCAGCUGGCCUUUGUCUCGUCCGAGGCGGCUAUGACCGCCCGCCCCUCCCCAGAGCGCCGACAGAGAGACGGCAGAGCGCCGACAGAGACGCCCCGCGCCCCGCGACUCGACAACCCUGCUCUCCUUGACCCCGCCCGGUUCGAGACCCCGCUCAGUGGCAGCGCGACGAGGCGCGCGACGUGCACGCCGACCUCUACCUGCGGCCGGCCGUCCAGAACUUUGGGCUGCUGCAGUACGCCGCCCUCUCCGAGAUCCAGAGGCUUGGCUACAUCCACGCCACCGAGGAGCUGGCGCGGUGGAAGCGGGAGCUGCGCGAGCGAGGCGACCCGAGGUGCGUCGUCUUCGACCUCGCUGACUUGGCCGGCGACCCGCGCUCGGCUGGCCCUCGACGUGUCGCCUCGGCCGGCACCAAGACGGGCACGCCACGCCACUUUGACGCGACGGCGCGACGGCUGUCGGAGAUCAUUGGCGAGCUCAAGGAGGCGUCUGGGAGGAGGGCCGACGCCGUGCGGAAGGGGGUGGACGCCGUGCGGAUGGGGCUGCGGCUCAGGCGCAGCCGCAGCUUCACGGGCACCACGCGGGCCCGCGCCUCGAGUUGGGACGCGUCCGUGGAUUGGGGAAGGGAGGGGCUCCGGAGUCGGGAUUGAGAGACAAUAAUGCAUUGGAGUCUCGUGUUGAGAUUCACAGACGGUUCAGCUGCAGUUCAGUCGAUCGGGCGAGAUAUUGUCCAAGGCCACAAAAAGAGUAGCAGUUAUUGUAAGAGGCGGAAGAACGGA